UAUUAAUACUCACCAGAGGCUGACCCCAUCAUUUUCUUUUCUUUUCCUCAAAAAUCACAUUUUUUUUUUCUAAAUUCCAACUACCCUUUUGAGAUUUAAGCUUGUUGGUUAGAAAUGGAGAGUCAGAUUGUGACGGAUUGCAGUGAAGUAGUAAGGGAAUUGAUGGAAGUGAUAGAGACUAUUGGAUCCUAUGAUGGGUUCAGGAAGACUCAAAGGAAAGAGUGCUUGAAUUUGGUGAGGAGGUUGAAGCUUUUGGUGCCACUUUUGGAGGAGAUAAGGGAGCUUGAUAUGUCAUCUGUUUCGGGUUUGGGUUUGAAUUCUCUGGCUAAUUUGAAGAGAGCACUGCUUGGAGCGAAGAAGUUGUUGAAGAAUUGUAACUAUGGAAGCAAGAUAUAUUUGGCAAUGGAAAGUGAGGCGGUGAUGUGUAGAUUUCAUGCUGUUUAUGACAAACUAAAUCAGGCUCUUGAUGACAUACCGUAUGAUGAGCUCGGAGUUUCAGUUGAAGUGAAAGAGCAAGUUGAGCUAAUGCGAAUGCAACUCAAAAGGGCAAAGAGGAGGACAGAUACACAAGAUAUGGAAUUAGCAAUGGAUAUGAUGGUUGUGUUCUCUAAAGAGGAUGACAGGAACGCAGACAGUGCUAUACUUGAAAGACUCGCAAACAAGCUAGAAUUACAUACCAUUGCAGACUUGAAAGCUGAAACAGCAGCUAUUAAAAAACUGGUAACGCAGAGAGGUGGACAGAAUGAAACCAUACAACAAAUUUUAGAUCUCCUGGGAAAGUUCAAACAAGUUGCAGGGAUUGAUGAAACUGUUUCCCUUGAUGGUCCUAUUUCAACAAGAACUCUCCAGAGAUGUCAAUCUUCCAUAAUACCUCAUGAAUUUCUCUGCCCAAUUACAUUAGAGAUCAUGACAGAUCCUGUCAUUGUGGCAACUGGACAGACUUAUGAAAGGGAAAGCAUUCGGAAGUGGCUAAAUUCCAACCAUCGGACCUGUCCAAAGACUGGACAAACUUUAGAUCACUUGUCUCUAGCACCAAAUUUUGCACUCCGCAACCUUAUUCUGCAAUGGUGUGAGAAGAAUAAUGUUGAACUGCCCAAGAAAGAUAGCUAUGCAUCCUCUGAUAAUUAUUCUGCUGAACUCAUGGAAGAGAUCUCUUCAUUGGUUCAAAAUCUAUCUUCCACUCAGCCUGAUUUGAGAAGAGAUGCAAUUGUGAAGAUCCGCAUGCUCUCAAAAGAGAAUCCAGAAAACAGAAUUUUCAUUGCCAACAACGGAGGAAUCCCUCGUUUAGUUCAGCUGUUGUCCUAUCCAGACUCCAAGAUUCAAGAACACACUGUCACUGCCCUCUUGAACUUGUCAAUUGAUGAGACAAACAAAAGGCUUAUAGCCAGAGAAGGAGCUAUUCCUACCAUCAUUGAGAUCCUGCAAAAUGGAACUGCUGAAGCUAGAGAGAACUCUGCUGCAGCUUUAUUCAGCUUAUCAAUGCUUGAUGAGAACAAAGUUCUAGUGGGAAACUUCAAUGGAAUCCUACCAUUAGUAAAUCUUUUGCAAAAUGGCACAAUCAGAGGUAAAAAGGAUGCUGCCACUGCACUCUUUAACUUGUCUUUAAACCAAGCCAACAAGUCUAGAGCCAUUAAAGCAGGAAUUAUACCACCAUUACUUCAUUUACUCGAGGAUAAAAACUUGGGCAUGAUUGAUGAAGCACUCUCAAUCUUAUUACUUCUUGUAUCUCAACCUGAGGCACGAAACGAAAUCGGCCAAUUGUCAUUCAUCAAAACCCUGGUAGAAAUCAUAAGAAGUGGGACACCAAAGAACAAGGAAUGUGCUGUGUCAGUUCUUCUAGAGUUGGGGUCAAACAAUUCGUCUCUUACUUUGGCUGCUCUUCAGUUUGGUGUUUAUGAACCCCUGAGAGAGAUCACCAUAAAUGGAACAAACCGAGCCCAAAGAAAAGCAAAUUCCUUGUUACAGCAUAUGAGCAAGUGUGAACAUAUUCCUUGAACUCCCCUCAAAUGGUUCCCAAAUCCCAACUUGUCUGGUUGUGCCUGUUCAUGUUAUUGGCUGUGUAAAUCAAACUCAAUUACACUAAUUUUCUUUUGUUUCCGUCUGUCAUUUGUGUCAUUUGUGGCUUCACAACGUAUUAGAGAUUGUGAAUUUUGUGCCAUUACCUACGCUAAAUCAUAUAAAUAUCCAAAUAAUCGAAGUUGUUUUUCCUUUUCUUUUUUUAGUGAACCAAAAAUCAGUCUUGAUAUGUAUAUUUGGUAAAAAAAUAAACAUCUUAUUGCUA